UUUUGACGCUUUUAAAGCAUCAUACUGUCUUCGUUACAUAUCGAAUAUCAAACAGAGAUGGAGCGAUGCUUUCAGCGCUGAAAGCGUCAAAAGGAACGGCAGCCAUAGUGUCAAUGUCGAGACAUCUCGAGACGGAACGGAACGUUUCUUGGACAGAAGAUGACAGACCAAGACGAAAUUAAUUCGAGUGCAAAUAAACCCGAUUUGCCAUUCGCAUCUGCGGAGAAACAAAAGGCCCGUGCGUUUCUGCGCGAACGUUUUCUGCGUGUCGUUACCGGCAUUAUCGGUAAACCAACAGAAGUUCACUUACUCGAAAACACACGCGUAUCUGGCGAAUUCAAGGGUUGCGACGUGGAAUGUUCUAAGGUUUUUGUAAAGAACUUGGAGACACCAAUGGGAACGAUACCGGAAGCCGUCCUCCGAAGCAGUGACAUAAUUUGUUUAGACAUAGACAACAUUAAUAUUGAACAGUGAAAAACAGAGAAAUGUGUGAGAAGCAAACGAAUAUUGCAGUGCCAACCAUGUUCCAAAAAAAGUUUCUUUAUUAAUGUAUUUUUGUAAUAAUAUAAAUA